ACACCCCAAAGCAUGAAAAGGCUUACAGCAUAUGCAUAUUACUAACGAGCCUCCAAUACUCACACCUCCAAAUCGAGAAGAUGGCUCCGAUAGAGAAUCAGCUGCCCAAAUCCUCGAGCGAGGAGGAGGAAGAGUACUGCUUGUUUGCCAUGCAGCUGGCGAGCGCCUCAGUCAUGCCCAUGGUCCUCAGAGCUGCGGUGGAGCUCGAUGUGCUGGAUAUCAUGUCCAGAGCGGCACCAGGCGCCCAGCUCUCCCCCUCAGAGAUCGCAUCUCACAUGCCCACCAAGAAUCCAGAUGCGCCCGUUAUGCUUGAUCGCAUGCUGAGGCUUCUGGCGAGCUACUCGAUUCUGACUUGCUCUGUCGUUGAACAGGAAGACGGUCGAGUUCAAAGGCUGUAUGGGUUGGCCCCUGUCUGCAAAUAUUUUGUUCCAAACGAAGAUGGAGCAUCCUUGGCAUCUAUGAUUCUUUUAAGUCAGGACAAGGUCUUCAUGGAAACAUGGUACCAUUUAAAGGACGCUGUUCUUGAAGGAGGAAUUCCAUUUAACAAGGCCUAUCGAGUCCGCUCGUUUGAGUACCAUGGCAUGGACCCAAGAUUCAACCAGCUUUUCAAUAGAGCAAUGCUUGACCAUACUCGCAUAACCAUGAAGAGUAUUCUCCAGGCAUACAAGGGAUUUGAAGAUGCGAAAGUGGUAGUUGAUGUGGGUGGCGGGCUCGGAGUCACCAUUAACAUGAUCACCUCCAAAUACCCUAACAUUAAGGGUAUUAACUUUGAUUUGCCUAAAGUCAUUGAAGAUGCACCAUCCUAUCCUGGAGUGGAGCAUGUAGGGGGUGAUAUGUUUGCCUGUGUUCCAAAAGCAGAUCUGAUCGUCAUGAAGUGGAUACUUCAUGACUGGAGCGAUGAUCACUGCCUCAAGUUAUUAAAGAACUGCUACGAAGCAUUACCGGAGAACGGAAAAGUGGUCGUAGUAGAGGGGAUUCUUCCGGUUGCCGCAGAGGCCAGCUUGGCCGCCCAGAGCCUCUAUCAAAUAGAUGUAAUCAUGAUGAACCAACACGUGGGUGGAAAGGAAAGGACAGACAAGGAGUACGAGGCCUUGGCAAAGCGAGCUGGAUUCACUGGUAUCAGACUGGUCUGCUGUGUUUACAGUAAUUGGGUGAUUGAAUUCCACAAAGGCGAUUGACCAUUUUGAUGAUUAUGGUUUUAGAUUUUAGGCUUAUGAUAAAAUUGAUGAAUAUAUAUACAUAUACCUUCAAUUUAUUUAGCUGGGGACACCUUUGUUAUGACUUAUGAUUAAAUAAAGCGGAUGAUUUUCAGCAAUAUUAUCACUUGGGAGCUGGGGACACCUUUUGCUUUUCUUGCUAUUUGAGCUUCAUCGACUG